GACUAGCUACCCAGCAUGAUUCCCAACGAAUCUAGAUGGCCUUAUAAAAGUUCCCCUGCAAUUUCAUGGCCAUGCUCACGUAUUCCAAAGAUCCAAAACAAUUCAUGCAUGAGACUUGUUACAAUUAUUAUUUUUCUUUUCGUACAAAAUUUCCAUUGAAGAAUCCACUUCAGUGGGCAUAAAAAAACUUCCCAACAUAGAAUCUCCUCCUUGGAAAUGUAGUAAUCAUUCACCUAUAAAUUCCAGAGCUUCUCUAGUAAUUGAAGCCUGAAACCCAGAUAGAAGAGAGGAAGAAAAAUGGCAGCAGCAGAAGGAGCAUGUCUUCAUCAUAUUGCCAGGGAAACAUUAGAUGUAAAACGCCUGGCUAAGUUCUAUCAGGAGAUCUUAGGAUUUGAGGUGAUAAAAAGCCCUAACUUGGGACAGUAUGAGGUGAUCUGGCUGAGUCUUCCUCCUGUUUUCUCUAUGCACAUAAUACAGAGGAACCCAGAGACGAAGCUCCCACAAGGACCUUGGAGCUCCUCGGCGGCGGUCGCUGACCCUAAAAAACUGCCAAGAGGGCAUCAUAUUUCUUUUGCUGUCUCCAACUAUGAUUCCUUUGUUCAAACACUCAAGGAAAAAGGAAUUGAAGUCCAUGAACAGACCCAGCCCAACGGGAAAACAAAGCAAGUGUUCUUUUUUGACCCGGAUGGUAAUGGCCUGGAAGUUGCAAACUGGUUGCCGCCACAAAAAUGAGAGCUGAAGGACGUGUAGAUGAAAGUAUGACUGUCUAUGUAACGAAACUGGUUGUAAUAACUAGGUAUACACUUGUGAAGAUGAAAGUACGUUUAAGUAUAGACAAACUGGUUGUAAUAGGCUUUCCUAUUUGAAUUGUGAAUUAAUAUAUACUUUUUAGUGACUUUUGAUCUGCA